ACCCUCACUGCUUUUAGUUUACUCUUGAGUUAGCUCAUGAUGCCAGAAUUUGAUUUGUCAAAAUAAACUAAUUUUUAAUCCCAGCAGUCUGCAAGUUCUUAAUCGUGAUACACAGGUUAUAUAGUAUUGGUUGUUUCUCUUUUAUCAUCAGCUUGUAAAAUGUAUUUAGGGGAAGGAAGCCUUUUGUAAAACUGUAGCAUGGGAACAAAAAGCUGCUGUGCCUUUUUUCCACAGUAGUAUGUUAUUAUGGGAACAUUUGAAAAUUCAGAUCCUUUUUCCUCAGCCGUGGUUGGCACAAAUUAAUCAAUACAUGGGUUUCUCUUUCUGCUCUUUUGUUGUGAGAUACUGAUCAAAUUGUUUCCAUGGGUGCUCUGAAAUCUGAAUAGCUUUUCUUCCUUCCUUUUUCUAAUAAGUUUCUCAUAAUAAAAAAAUAAUUUUGGUGUUAAGUUCUGUUCCCAGAUAUAACCUGAAACGUGUGAGGCUGCCAGAAAGCAACUUGUUCACAACACUGCCAGCAUAGAUCUUGCGCUUAGAUAUGUACUGUACAGUAAAGACAAUUACCAGGUGAUAAUGCUUGUGUCUGCAUCUGGUAAGAUGCUUGAAGAACUAGUACACAGAUUAGGGUUUAAUCUCAGAAAAAUUUAGAUACAAAACUGAAAUAUAGAUGGAUACAAUUAUGUGCUACUUCAGGAAAAAUCUGAGCUGUAGAGCUUUUAAAAAUGGUUUGAUUAAAAUAAUUGGAUUAGAGAAAGAGAUUGGCCUUCUGAGAGGAAAUUACAGUGAUAGAAGGAAACAGAAUACAGAGACACAUUUUAAGUAAAUAGCACUUAUAUAUGUUUCUGUAUCUAUAAUUUUUUUAAUAUCCCAGUGUAUAUUUGGAUGAAGCAGCAGAAGCUUUUACAGUUAACACUGGAGAUUUUCUCCUGAGGUAAUGUGUUUUGCUAUAAAUAUGUCUAACACUGGAAGGGGCUGUCCAGGCAGACUGUGAUACAACUGUCCUUGCAGAUUUCAAAAAAAAACGAAUCUGGACAAAGCCGUGACUGAUGAGAUCUAGUAUUGUUGGUUAGGUCAUGUGGAGCAGAAAAUGGGACUGCAUCACCUCUGAUGGUUCCUUUCGACCCACCUUUCUGUGAUAAUUUUGGAUUAACUAUUUUCAGUUGUUUUUACUGAAAGGCUGUCUUGUUGAAUAUGAGCCCUGUUCUGCCAAGUUCCUUGGAGACUUACAAUGGAAAAGGCACCUUUUCAGGCCCCAUCUCCCAAAGCCUAUUCUCCUCCCUCAUUUGAUAUUUGGUGUUUUGUUUUGAUUGAAAAUAAAUAAGAAUAAAAAGGGAAAAUUACCACGAACUGGUCUGUAAAAGAUGGCCAUGGCUAAAACAUCUUUGAGCAGGUAUUUGCAUGUCAAAGCUAGAGUAUUUCGCCUACUGAAAUCCUACAAAAUGCCAGAGCAGCACAGUUAUGCAUUCUUUGGUCUUACUCUCGCUUUUCAUACAGUUGGUUAGAAAAAUCAUCUUUAAUGACAGAAGUAAGGCGUGGCCAGAGAAGGGAGAGGCAAUGACUUCACAAACUAAUCAGAUUCUGGCUGUGUGUUUCAUCUCCUGUAAUAUGGUACCCCUUCUGCUGGGCUGGAACAAUUCCUUUUGAGGAUGGCUGGCUGUGGUGAAAUAGAUCAUUCGAUCAACAUGCUUCCCACAAAUAGGAAGACAAAUGAGUCGUGUGCUAACGCUGCACCUUCCCUGACAGUCCCUGAAUGUGCUAUCUGUCUGCAGACAUGUGUCCAUCCAGUAAGCCUGCCUUGUAAACAUGUGUUCUGCUACCUAUGUGUCAAGGGAGCUUCUUGGCUUGGGAAACGUUGUGCGCUCUGCCGGCAGGAGAUCCCGGAGGAUUUUCUUGACAAGCCAACCCUUUUAUCACCAGAAGAACUCAAAGCAGCAAGCAGAGGCAAUGGAGAAUAUGCUUGGUACUAUGAAGGGAGAAAUGGUUGGUGGCAGUAUGAUGAACGUACCAGCAGAGAGCUGGAAGAUGCCUUUUCCAAGGGUAAAAAGAGCACUGAAAUGCUAAUUGCUGGGUUUUUAUACGUAGCAGAUCUUGAAAACAUGGUUCAGUAUAGGAGAAAUGAGCAUGGACGGCGCAGAAAAAUAAAACGGGACAUAAUAGAUAUACCAAAGAAGGGAGUGGCUGGGCUUAGGUUGGACUGUGACACUAACAGUGUCAACCUGGCACGAGAGAGCUCUGCUGAUGGUGCCGACAGCACACUGACUGGGGGGGCUGCAGCUGUACAGCCGCUGGUGCCUGUUUCUGCUAGGCCCCUGCCCUCACUGGAUGGUCAGCUCAUGAGUCCUUCGACACCCUCUCCUGAUGCAAGCACUUCCCUGGAGAACUCUUUUGCCCACUUACAAAUAAAUGGAGACAGUAUGGCUGAAAGGAGUCAUAGGGGAGAGGGAGAGGAGGACCACGAAUCAUCAUCUUCUGGUAGGGUGCCAGCCCCUGACACCUCUGUGGAGGAGACCGAUUCAGAUGCUAGCAGCGAUAGCGAGGAUGUGUCUGCUCCCCUCGAGCAACACGCAUCCUCUGCCCAGCAGAGACACUCAAAUGCAAACGCAAACCAGUCUGGAGCGGAUAGACCAGUGGCAGGGGGAGGGGUGGCAGGUGUAAGAUCGAGGAGGCCAGAUGGACAGUGCACAGUCACUGAAGUUUAAAUCUGGAGCAUUGCGAUUUAAAAACUCAGUCUCCUAUCUGUAUAUUUUCUGUCCACAUUGGCAUUGCACUCAAAUCUAGCAGUGUGUUUGGUGGGAGGGUGGGGUGAAGGGAAGAAACAGAUUUGGCCUAACUUAAGUCUUUUAACAUGUCUUAGCUGGAAGACUAACUGUAAGAAACUGGGUUGUCCUGUUAACGGGUUGAAAGCUGCUUAGCAAUACCCAGUUUUCUUGAAAAUGUCUUGUGUUUAUUUUGUAGCAUUUUCCCCUUGAAGAUAUUCUGUCCCUUUUUGGCCAAUGUAUACCUACUGUACAACUUGAAUUGUCUUCAUUAUCUGAUUGUUGCAUUAAGUGUCUUACUACUUUCUGCAUGGAUUGAUGUAUGAAAAGAACACUAAAGCAAUGUGGGAGCAGACAAGAUGUUGGGUGUGAGCAGGAUGCUUAAUUUAAAUGUGAGAAAAAUAGAUGUGAGUUUGGAGUUAAAAUGUGUUUUUAUUAGACAAAGAGCAAGCAUUUACCUUCCUUCAAUGGAAAUGUAAAAAUGCUGUUAACUUUUGUUGCAAAUUCUUACCUUCAUGGCAUUUUCAUUGGCUUUGCCAUCUAGUCCUUGUAGUUCUGUUUUUGAGGUCUUUCUUGAUCUGUCUCGUUUUUGUUACGGAAUUUAUAAUUUAAUAAAACUACAUUUUAUCAGUAACCAUCUUA